UUACAGAACUGAGAUGUGUGAUAAAUAUUAUAUACUUUUAACUGUUAUGUUUUUUUAGCAAUCAACAGAAUGGCAAAUUCCUAUAGUCGAGAUCAAAAUGGAGUGAUCAGGAUGACAGAGGAAGAGGCCAAGGAGGUUCAAAAUGUUCAGUGUCGUUCAAGGGACUUUUGGACCUACGACCUGUCUGCCAACAAAGAGGUGCUGCAGGCUGCACUGGAUGUACUGCACAACUGCACUCCUGGCAACAAAUUCACGGUGGAGUACAAAGACUGCCAGAACUCGUGUCGUCUUGUCAUCUUUUGCCAUCCCUGCAACACGGAACUGUCUUCCCUGGAUCCGUUUAUUUCGCAUGCUGCUGGCAAGAAUCACAAAAAGUGCGUGGUGCAGCUGACGAACAAGCAGCAGACCGAGAGGUCGCUGAAGCAGAGCUUCGAGCUGAAGCCUUUCAACGCUCCCAAGAAGAUCUUCGAGCGCGGCUCCCUGGAGGACAACCUUGACACCUGCCGCCCCCGCGUGCUGGGCAUGCAGUUCGUCUACAAGGAGAAGCUGGAGGAGGGCGGCAGCUACUACUACUCCUGCCAGCUGUGCGACCUGCGGCAUGCAAGCCACGAAAAGAUUUACCAACACUUAACUGGCAAAAGUCACAACAAGAAGUAUCUUGCAGUGAAGUUCAAGCGGCGCGUUGAAUCUCCUGAUGAAUACGAAAAAGCCUGCAAGGAAAUUGAGGAGCGCGAGGGCAAAAUCAAUCACACCAUCAUUGACUUCAGUAAGCGGAUGUCUUUGUCAGGUGUGUAUGGAUGA